GAGGCGGGCCCCGCUUUGAGGGCGGUUUAUCCAAAGCUGUUUCCAUAGCAUCCCGGGUGCUUUACGCUCCGCAGCAAAGUGCGCGGUGUCGCUUGGCCCCAGGGCCUCAGAAGCUGCCUUUUAUCUUGCCUGGAUUCCGGCCUUUCAGCGUCUCCUCCGUAACCGGAAACCAGUUGUUUGGACGCGGCCUCAGACCAAGGACUCUCAGAUGCCCGGAUGCAUGGCCCCCCUCCAGAAACCUGGAAACGGCCGCAGGGCGCCCCUGGCCUUGAACCCCCAGAAGAGCAAGGAUGUGCUGGCCGUGCUGGCUGAGAGGAACCAGGCUGUGGUGGCCGUGGGCGCCUGGGUGGAGCCCGCCUCACCCGCCAGCUGGGAAGUCUCCGCCCACACUUCAGCAUGUAUAGUUGAAGAAGAACUAAAGGAACAACUAAGAAAGAAACAAGAAGCUUUGAAGAAUUUCCAGAGAAAAGUGAAACAACGAGUAAACCAACAAAUUAGACUGAGGAAAAAGCAACAGCUUCAGAAAUCUUAUGAAGCAGCAGAAAAAGAAGGCUGUAUAGUCAUGCACUCUUCAGAUCCAGCACACUUAACUCCUAAACAGACAAGUGUUUUUCCAAACACUCUGAAUGUUGCUAUUGGAACUGCUAGGCUACCCCUUUCCCAGAUGUGUAGCAAUGAAACAGAAGAUAGAGAGAAUCAGGAUGAAUCUUUCCAACAACAAGCCCAAGCUCUUAUUCAAUCCAUGAAGCAGGCACGUCACCGGCUGGCUUCUUUUAAAACUGUGAACAAAAUAAAUACAUCCAAGUUUACAGAUUAUAGAAGCUUUUCUGCUCAAGAGUUGUCACAUCAUAGAAAGCCAGAAGGAGAAUUACCAUAUAAGAUCUGCCAAAGUCUUUCAGCUCCUCUACAUACCCAGAAAGUUAUUGAAAAUCAAGAACCUGACUCUGAAGAAUAUUCAUCUGUUAUGAUAGGUGAGAAAAAGAAAGAGAAUUUGUUUUGGAGAGACCAGCAGGAUUUCCCUUCUGGAGAUAAGAACAUACCUUUCAGUGGAGUUCAGAAAGUACAAUUUAAAAAUCCACUGUUUGCUGUGAUGGGAGAAGAGCAUGUAAAACAUACACACCUUCAAAAUAUUCUGCCAAGAGCCCAGGAUUGUUUUCCUGAAGCCUGUGGUGAUCUGGAAACCCAGGAUGGUGUGACAGAAGGUCCAAGUGUUGAGCUAGAUGCCCAAGAUAUUGAGCAACAAGACCAAGCCACUGAGCCCAAAGCCCAGGCCAUUGGGGCAGAGGCACAGAAUAUUGAGACAGAAACUCAGGAAAGUAUACCGGAAGUCCAGACUACUGCACCUGGAGGUAGGAGCAUUGUGCUGAGAGGGCAGCGUUUUCUACCCAAAGACCAGGAUUUUCUACCUAAAGACGAUAGUGGUCUUGCCAAAGACCAAAAUAUUCUACCCACGUAUGAGGACCAAGAUUCUACUACUAUACUCAGAUGCCAAAACCAGGAUUUUCUACCCACAGAUCAGAAAAGAAGUUACAAGCAGCCAUCAUCGAUUUUGUUAGAUAGAAGAGGAGAGAGAGAGGUGAUUCCUCUGGAUGUACAUCAGGAUAUUCUACAGCAGAGUAGAGAACAGGCCUUCAUCAGGGACAAGAAAGUUCACUUCAGGGAGUCAUAUUCUGGUGUAACAGAGCAGAAAGGGAGAGAAGACUCUUUCCGGACAUGUUAUCAGAAUCUGCCUCUACAACUCCAGGACCAGGCCUGCAUAAGAGAUCAGCACAGUACCAGUGGUCUGGCCUCAUACAAUAUGACAGAUGAAAGAGAGAAGUUAUUUCCACAGUGCCAUGAAGAUGUUCUACAUGAAAUGCAGGUUCCAAUCUCUGCCAGAGAACAGAACAAAUACUUUUGGCAGCAGCCAUCUCUUGGAACAACUGAAAGAUGGAGAGAGGAUUUCCCUCUGGAUGGUCGUCAUCUUCCUCCCAAACACCAGAGGGUUGCUUCCAGCAGAAAACAGGUUUUUAAUGAGAACCAGUCAGGAUUGAACUCUGAAUUUCAAACUCUACCAACUUUUCAAUCUGGACUAGAUCAAGAGGAAGACAAAAAAGAGCGUCAAAAACAGUACCUGAGAUAUAGAAGACUUUUCAUGGAUAUCGAAAGAGAACAAGUGAAAGAACAACAAAGGCAAAAAGAACAUAAAAAGAAAAUUGAAAAAAUUAAGAAAAAGAAAGAGCAGCAGCGUUUUGCUGAAGAACAGAGGCUGCUGAGAAUGAAAUGUCCUGAAGAGCCCUAUUCAGAGGAGAAGAUGAGUGAGAUAUUGGCUCAGCUACAGCUGGAGGAAAUAAAGGGAGCCAGAGAAAAGCAGCAGCAGAGAGAAAAGGAGUACCAAAGAUAUGUAGAAGCUUUAAGAGUCCAGAUCCAAGAGAAAAUGCAGCUGCAUAACAUUACUCUACCUCCACUGUGCUACUGUGGCCCUGAAUUCUGGGAUGCUCAUCCUGAUACCUGUGCCAACAAUUGCAUUUUCUAUAAAAAUCACAGAGCGUAUACCCAGGCACUGCAUUCUGUCAUCAAUUCCUGUGACAUCCCUGAGGGGAACUCAACUCUUCGAAUCAUUAUUUCUCAGUUUGCUUCUGUACACAGACGGACUUUGAAAAAUCUAUAAUAAAAAUCUGAAAUUAAUUCUUUGUAUUUUGGCCUUCUCAUAAAAUGAACCCUGAGAGAUGAUAUGGGAAGAACUGGCGGCAUGUAUAAAAUGCAUAAUCUAGAAAGAAGGGCUGUCUCCUACAUAACAGCUCGACCUAACUAGAUGGUAGCCAUCGCUCCAGCCUCUCAAGACUUGGAUUGAAAGUUGAUUUCUAGAAAGCUUGUCUCUUCUUUGCUGCAGACAUUACAGAGGUUCUUGUUCUAAAAGUGAUCUGCCAGUGCUCCAGUCAGAAGAAAGCAUGAGAAAUCUUUCAGAUUAUUACACUUGUUUUCUUUCUAAAACUAUCAUUUGAGGCUUGACAAUGAAAAAUGUCUCUGUGAAGUGGAAAAGAAGACCAGGAAAAGCAUUUCUGAACAUAAGUUGCCAUCUGCACAGCUGUUAGCUUUGCUAGUUGUGUAUAAAAAUUAAAGAUGAAAAAUUUGAUUCCUUAAAAUUUUUUCUCUCCUCCCCCCCCCCUUUUAAUUUAUUAUUUCUUUCCCCAUUCAGUGAUAUUGGGUGUGGAACUUUUUAUAAUUUUUGUUGCAUAAAAUCAAAUAAACUUUGUCUUUGGGGCA